UGACCGUCGGCUGUGGCAGCGUUACGUACUGCUGAUGGCGCGUGCGGCUCUGCUGUGUCUGCUGCUGGUUGCGGUUUCGCUGCCCUCCUCACAAGGACUCAUCUGUUACUCGUGCGUGUACUCCGCGGGAGACAAAAGCAAGGCUUGUGUGGACAGCCCAGACAUGGUCACGUCGGGCAGUCCCAAGGUCACCUGCAAGACCGAGCAGAAGUACUGCACCAUCCAGCGGCAGGAGAUCCGCUCCACUGGUGAAGUGAACUCGUUCUUCCGCGGCUGCGCGGAGGAGCCCAGCUUGAAGGACACUGUAGUAGAGGACGACUCGUUCAAGACGUACUUCCGCUCCUGCCAGACCAACCUGUGCAACGCCGGGGACGGCCUCAGCUCACUCGGCGGCGGCGGCGCUAUUCGCGACCCAGGUGCGCAGGGCUCGCUCAUCGUGCCCGGCAUAGGUAGCGGCGCAGGCGCAGUCGCGCCGGCCUACGGCCGCUGGGUGGCGUUGCUGGCGGCGGUAAUGGCGGCGGUCGCCGGCCGGGCACUCGCCGCCUAGCCAGAGGGGCCGGAAGUCGGUCUUGCCGCCCAGCGCGGGCAGCUGUAGCAGCGCCACGAAGCGAGCCCUGGCGGCGGCUGCGGCUGGACACCACCUCGCCGACUAGCGAGAGUAGGGACAUGCGGUGUUGCCAGAUCAUGGACGCUGAGUUCGAUUUCAUCGUCGAUAUCGAAACAUCGAUAGCUAAUAAUAAACUCUGUGCUUUUAACAUCAAUGUAAAAUGACGAACAUACAGAAUGGCGUAAAGAGCAACAUGACAACACGUGUAAUAUUAUAUUCAUUAAUCUACAAAUACAGCAAAAAUUAACGUUACAUAUCCCACAAGUCAUUGUCUACAGACUGUAAUGCUUUUUUGUUACCUGUUUGUUAUACCAGUGACGAUCGUGGUGCAAACUGAUUCUUACUGCUGAUUCUAUAUUUAACGUACCACAGAAUUCUCCCCCUUUAUUGUAGUGAACUUCGCAAAAAAGAAAGUGUUAUAAAAUUGAAAGGUAAUAAAGUAUUAACAACCGCUGACAUUGCUCAGAUGCAAAUACGACUUUUGUACACCAGUGUCAUCACUUUGUAAUCAUCAUUAACGUUGACAUAGCCUGUGUAAAAAUAAAAGAGUUUCAAAGUAACAAACGGAAAAAGUAAAAUUAUUCCAGAACUAAUAAAAAGAAACACCUGAAGAACCUUAAUUGUGAAUAUGUUGUUUUCUUUAAUAUAAGUAGUUACAUUUGCGAAGCUCAAAUGUAAUCCUACAUUAUUAACGGAAAAUUCAGUUGCAUAAUUAGACGUAUUAUUUUUAGCAAUUUAAAAAAUCGAAAAAUAUGGUGGGCACUCUAGUUGCCACCAUGGAAUCAUGAACUGAAUGGAUGAAAGACAUUAUUCCACACUUAUUUACAUCAGUAGUCCAUAUUCCUGCCUUUUUUCCUUCGAAAAUGUUGAAAUACAGCUCCCCAAUGACACACCCCACGGUCGAAAAGGCGUUGCACUGGAGUUGUUAAGGGACAUGUUCAGAAAAAAAUUCGUUUAAAUGUUGAAAAAGUUAAGUCUUAGUGGCAGUAUCGAAGGUCGAUUUUUUUCUCUUUGAUGUCAAUGUUAUGUUCUUUCAAAGACUUCAUUAUCGAUGCUGAAACUAAUUUGCAAACACCCGUCAUCGAUAUUUUGUAAAUAAUGAUGAUCAUCUAACGUACCUAACCCAGACUGAUGUGCACACGGUGAUGGGGCACUGACCACUAGCGGGAGAAAUGGCGAUGGUACAGAAGGGUGAAGCAUUCAUCAGUGGCUGUUGACCAUUACUGUCUUGCAUUUUUUUCUUUAGUUCCAUGCCUUUAUCAUUUCCUCCCUGACACUGUCCAUUAGUUGCUGUCUUGUUCUUCCUCUCCUUAUCAUUGUUCGCCUUGAAAGUACAUGUAAUGUUCCACUCAUUAUUGCUAAAAUUUUAUCAUUACUAUUUUUGUAUUGCACUCAUAAUUUUUCUUUCAGUUUCUUCUUGCAUCUAUACUCUAAUUUAUAAAGCAUUAUUAGGCGUCCAGAUGCAUAUACUUCAUUUACUUUGUACAAGUAAGAAUCAGAAUUUCAAUUUAACCAUAUUACAUAUUCAGUUUACUCGGCUGUUUUUUAUAAUUUAAAAAUUCUUGUACUGCAUAAAGGUACUGUUCCAUCAGAAAUGACUUAAGGUUAUAUUUAAAUGUACGUUUAUUUCGCUGCAAUUUUAACUCACUAAUUGGGCUGUUGAAUCCUUUAACAGUUUCUGUGAAACACUUGCAUGAUGCAAUAGUGUUCUACACUGAGACAUGUGUAUUACUGAUGUUUCUUGACCGAGCAAGGUGGCACGGUGGUUAGCACACUUGACUUGCAUUCAGGAGGACGACAGUUCAAUCCCAUGUCAGGCCAUCCUGAGUUAGGUUUUCCAUGAUUUCCCUAAAUCGCUUCAGGCAAAUGGCAGAAUGGUUCCUUUGACAGGGCAUGGACGACUUCUUUCCCCACCCUUCCCUAAUCUGAUGAGACCGAUGACCUCGCUAUUUGGUCUUUCCCCCAAGUCAAUCCCCCUUCCCCCAACUGUCUGAUGUUUCUUGCACUGUGGCCAUGGACAUGUUUAUUUUGUUGUAGAUAUCCAGUACUGUCUAAAGGAUACUUUUUUGCAAAUAGGUUCUGUUCAUAUAUCAUUAUUUUCAAGUAUAUGAAAUGUGGUAUACAUGUUUCCAGUCUCUUUAGGUCAGAGAUAGCCCAGACUGCUCUUUUCGCAUCCUAAAGAUUUUUAUGCUGGUGGUUGAAUUUCCCCAGGAGAUAACCCCAUAUUGGGGUAAUAAACUGAAAUAUGUGUUAUAUGACAGAGUGACUAUUGUUUUGCUUGCACUUUUGCUUAACACAAAAAGAGCCUACCAAGCUUUUAAAACCUUUUUUCCAAGUUCUUUCACAUGGCAAUUCAACUUUAAAUUGUACCCUUAUCACUAGAACGUUUGUUUCAGCAAAUGAUUUCAGUAAUCUGUUGUCAAGAUAUGGUGUUGUAUCAAAUUCUUGUACAAGUGGAGAUGAGUGGAAAUGCAUAAGUACAAUUUCUUAUUUAUUAUUAUUUUAUUUUUUUGAAACCAACUAGUAACUACGGACAUUGAGGUAUCUGUUGCUACUUUCAUAGAGAUUUUGUCAGCAAUUGUUAUUAAAAUGCUGGUGUCAUUAGCAAAAAGCCAUUUAAGUGAUUGAUGUAAAGGAGGAACAAUAGAGGUUCUAAGACAGAGCCUUAUGGCACUCCAUACAUUAUUGGUGAUUUAUUGGAUAAAUGUGUUGUUACUGUAAUAACAUUUUCUUUAAUGUCAUCAAGCUUUAAAAUCACCAGUUGCUGUCUGUCUUCUAGGUACAAUAUUAUCCACUUAUUUAGGAUCCCUCUAACAACUUUUAAGCUAAUUUGUGGAUAAGAUUCAUUGUGGUUUACUCUCUAUAGAGCACAAUCUUUCUUUGAUAUUUCUAAAGAUACAUUUCUCACUUCUGUAUUUCAAUGUAGCCAAUUAAACAGAUUGUACUGACAUAUGCCCUUACUAAUUUCAUUUUACUUGUCACCUGUUUGCAAUGUGUAUGCAUUGGCUAAUAUAUCUUUCUGUCACUUUGUGCUGAUUCCUGUAAUUUCAAAGUAAAUAUGUAACAUAAUUGAUAUUAUAUUAGUUUCUAGUCGAAACUGUCGACAGAUGUGGUUUGCCUGAAUUAAAUAAAAAUAACUUUUAAAUUCAA